AUGUUUUCACUUAAAUAUUUUUUUUAUAAUUUGGCAUGGAUAGCUUUAUAUCACAACAAUAUCAAGGACAAUUCAUCUUUAAUCUAUCCUAUUAAAUCUUACAAUUCAGUAAAUCAACGUAUUUUAAGAUUAGAUACACCUAAACCAUGGGGAAAUUCUCAGACUUACGAAAUUUCUAGAGUUAAUGAAGACGGUAAUAUAGUUACAACAGUUUAUAAUAGAGAAGGACAGGAAUUAUAUUUCUAUAUAACAAAAAAAAGAGAUAAUGGAAAUAGAGGAAGAAACUCAAGAGUAAGAAGAGGAAACCGUAAUUAG